GGUAUAUAACAGCAAUACGAUUUUCAGUAUUUUAUGUGCCAUCGCUAGUUACGAAUAUAGAACAGGUGUUCAACUUUGUUUUCUUCUUUUACUUCUUAAUUUGUUGUUAAAAUAAAGUUAUAUUGAAGUAUUUGUGACAUUACAAAGGAAUUUAUUAACAAAUGCUUUUAAAUUGCACCAAGAUCAUAUUAAAAGAUAACAUGCAUUAAAAAACAAACUAAAAUAAAAUUAAUGUUACAACUAAAGUUCCACCACAAGUCUACAUUCUGCUUAAAAACAAGUAAUUUUUCUAACAGCACAAGAUAUAUUUUCAACCAAAUUAUUAUCCACGUCUAAAAGUUGCAAAAAAAACAAAUGAAUAUGUUUAAGAAUCUUCUAGCAAAUUUCAGAUAUUUUUCUACAAAACCCAAUGUACACCAAACGGAGGCAUUUAAUGAAUUGGCUGAAAUGUGGUGGAACGAUAAAGGCAUUUUGAGAAUUCUUCACACUCUAAAUGAUUUGAGAGUAAAUUGGAUUACAACCCAGCUAAUUAAAACUGGUACUAUUCAAAAAACUGUAGACAAAUCUACAACCUUAAAAGGAAUUUCAGUUUUAGAUGUUGGUUGUGGGGGUGGAAUUUUAACAGAACCUUUAAGUCGCUUAGGUGGAGACAUUACAGGUUUGGAUUGCAAUGUCGAAAUGAUUAAAAUUGCCACGUCACGUAUGCAAGAUAAGAAUGUUCCUAACUUGCGCUAUAUACUCAGUGCGAUUGAAGAAUAUUCUACUGAUAAUAAAAACAAGUACGAUGUUGUAGUAGCAUCUGAAACAAUUGAACAUGUUAAUGAACAGGAUGUGUUUUUAAAAUGUUGUGUAGAAUGUUUGAAACCAGGUGGGUCUAUUUUCAUAACAACCAAUAGCAAGUCACAAUGUUCAAAAUUUCUCUUUAUUACUUUAUUGGAAGAUAUUCUAAGUGCUUUACCUAAAGGAACACAUGAAUAUGAUAUGUUUAUUGAUAUUGAAGAAGCGAAAAAUUUACUCAGAAAAGAGAAGUGCGAUGUUACUUUUAGUAGUGGAAUAAUAUAUAGUCCUUUCAACAACAGAUGGUAUUGGAUAAAAAAUCCCUACAUUCUGCAUUAUGGAUUACAUGCCAUAAAAUCUUCAUAAAUCUUAUAAAUUAUUAAAAAUGUGUAAACUAUGAAAUCCAAACUUUAUCAAUAAUCUACUAGACAGUUAUUUAUUUAAUCUUUAAUAUUAUUGAAAGCGUUU